CAUGUGACAUGCUUCCAUAGUAAACCUUGCGAAAGUUUCCACAGUGCACAGCCAUCACUUGGUGCCUUUUUAGGAUGUGAAUGACGUUGUGGUGAUCGACAGAUGCAGUUCGUACAGUGAUAUGUUUCUUUUCUUAAACUGCGUUUUACAAAUAUAUUUAAGAGAGCCGUUCAUCGCAUGCUUGCCCUGAAUUAUAGCUGGUCAGUUUGUUGGCGUGUGGUUUGAAGUGUAUAGUGGUAAUACGGGGGUCUAAUCUUGGCAUGAGGGGCUGGAGAGGGUGGAUCAGAUGUCAGAUCUCUGACUGUUACAGCAGUCGCGCCUGGAGAUUCCCAAAGACUCCGUGGGAAGCAUUCUUACGACUUAAUAACAGCUACAAUGACAAACGAGACCAAGGCAGCAGUAAAUAGGGUGUGAGAGAGGGAGACCUGCUGGUAUUUGAAACUGGAUGGGAAGAGGGAUUGAGCAGUAAGAGGGCAGGCACCGACUCAGAUCCGUGUAGGUAUUUUUGACACACUCGUAUAGGAACAUGGCCAUGAGCAGGAUUGGGAUACAGCUGCAGUUUCUGCUGUACUCUGUGUCAGCCUACCUUUCACCGUACAAUCUGGAUAAUAUCCUCCCGAUUCCUGCAGCUCGGAAUCCAUAUGAUGUUUUGAAAAGAUUUGACCCUUGUUGUCUGCUGGCCCCGCCUCCUCCUCCUUUGUUCCCGCCCCCUCCUGGUAUCUGGAAAAGAGAGCCUGCCUUGCCCAGUCCCGUGGAAAGGAUAAGAGAGCGAGAGGAGGAUGAGGAGCAGGUGAAGGAAUGUUGUGUGAUGGGACCACCAGGGCCUUCUGGACCCGUUGGACCACAGGGUCGCAGUGGCAUCCCAGGGAUGGAGGGACCUAAAGGAGAUAAGGGUGACAUAGGACGACCAGGGUCAAAGGGUCGUACUGGGCGUCCAGGUCUGCCAGGGAAACCGGGCGCUGCAGGGCUGCUCGGCCCAGAGGGACCUAAGGGAGAGAAAGGAGACCCAGGACUAAUGGGAAUGCCAGGAAUGAGGGGACCAGUCGGACCUAAAGGCUUGUCAGGCCACAAGGGUGAGAAGGGAGCACGGGGGGAUUUUGGACCUGCAGCUCCAAAAGGAGACAAGGGAGCAAAUGGACUGCCUGGUAUGCUGGGGCAGAAGGGUGAAAUGGGACCCAAGGGUGAGCCUGGCGUCUCAGGGAAGCGCGGCCCUACAGGACGACCAGGCAAGAGAGGCAAACAGGGGCCUGAUGGAGAGAACGGUUUUCCAGGGCCAGUGGGUCCCGUUGGUCCACCUGGACCUCGGGGCCACCCAGGACCUCCUGGGGUACCUGCAUCAGGACUGUUUGUAGUUGGAGAAAAAAGUGAGAAGGGAUUUCCCGGUCCUCCUGGAGUCUGUGACUGCAGCUUGCUUUCUUCCAGUCCAGCCAGUGCCCCAUUACAACACCGUAACACAUAUGACAAAGUUCCAGUGAUUUUCGUUGUGAGCAGUGAGGAAGAGCUAAAAGGUCUCCACGAAGAUAAUGCACUCGCAUUCAGAAAGGAUCAGAGGUCUCUUUACUUCAAAGAUAAACAUGGAUGGGAGCCCAUUCAGCUGAUGCCACUGCAGGCGACAGAGAGGAUGAGGGACGGGAAUGGAGUCUGUGGUGAUGGAGAGCUGCAGGAACUCAACGGGGAGGAAUGCGACGAUGGAAACAAGGUUGUUACGGACGACUGUGUCGGCUGUAAGAAGGCUUACUGUGGUGAUGGAUAUCGUAAUGAGGGUGUAGAGGAGUGUGAUGGGAAAGACUUUGGCUACCAGACCUGCAAAUCAUAUUUGGCAGGGACCUUUGGGCAGCUCAGGUGCACCGACUCCUGUUUCAUCGACUCAACAAGCUGUAAAUACAGGACCUGAGGCCUACAAAAGUUUCACACAGACACACACAUAGAUAUGAGAGAGAGUCUGCUGAGAUCAACAGUAUUUAGCAAUGAUCUGAGAGGAUUUGGCUUUUUCUGUCUCCCUUACUCUCAUCCACACACACACACACACUCACUACACUAUAAGGUACAACUCAGCGGUACUGGACUAUUUGCAGCACAUGUUCUUUGAUGCUAGUAUGUUUUAAUGGCAGCUGAGCGAGGGCUUACUGUUUAAAGUUUGGAGCUGUGUAAUGAAAUGAUAUUUAUUUAAAUGAAUGCAUAAUAUGUUUAUAUGAAACUUAUUUAUUUGUUUGGUAUUGCAAAUGCAUGAUUAAGUUUGUGCAUGUUUCCAUACAUGUAACAUGUUCUUAUUCUCAUGGAACAACAGACUAAGCAGUAUUUCAUUGGUUCAUGCCUUGUAAAGUAUCUAUUGUAAAAGCAGGUAUUCAUUGUAUGUAUUUAUUUAUUUAUUUAUUUACUGAACUGUCCAGACUUUUAUGAAAUGAUACCUAAUAAUUCUCUGCUUGAUAAUUUUUCACAGAAAAAAAGUAAUGUCUUGUAAUGUUUCCUUGGGUUAAAUAAUUUAUUCAGUCAGAGCAAUAAAUUGCAAGCAUGUCCAGUGGGUGGCACUGUU